UGAGUUGUUAAUACUGUAUAUAAAUUAUAAUUUGCUUAUAAUUUAAUUAAAAUGCUUAACGAAUCGGGCGAUAGUACUAGUGAUGGCACGACUAUCCACACGUGCCGUACGUGCGAAACACGUAUAGUCGACGCGCGCUAUCAUUGCGGUCAAUGCGAUCACUUUGAUCUCUGUGUGGCCUGUUAUCAACGCCACGGUCACACCCACGCCAUGGAUCAGCUGACACUUAUAGGCCAAUGGGUAGAGGUGGCGCCGGUAGCGAACGGGGCCGGCAAUACUGGCCGAGCGAACGCCCCUCCGGCCGACCAAUCGGCGAUCCAACGCUGCGCGCAGACUCUGGCCCACUCGUGCCGGUGUCGGGACGCGAACUGCGCCCUCCCAUCGUGUCAUAAGUAUAAAAAAGCCGUACAACACGCCCGGCGCUGUCAACGCCAGGCAACGUCUAACCGACUCAAACUGGUUAACCAAAAGGCGGCCGCUGCGCCCGGCGGGGGCGAUAGCGAGUGUCCCGUUAUCUACUGUACAACCAUUCAGCGCAAACUGAGACGACGAGUUCGCCAACGCCUACAACAGGUCCGCAUUCUUGUGGGACGUAUAGCCGCUAUGGUCGCGAUGUCUGGCCAGUCACCGGCGGCGCCGCAAUUACGGCAACAACAAUCUCCA